ACAGGUUUUACUUUAAAAGUUUAAAUAUAGCCCCAUUUUGAGCGGUAUUACUGUAAGAAGAUGGUGAUUCCUGUGAUUGAUUUUGCGGCUUACUCCUUGUCAGUCCCUGCAGGUCAGGAGGACGUUCAGAAACUCCGAGGUAUCGCUGACGAACUCCGUAAAGCGUUUACAACUGUUGGAUUUGUUUAUCUGAAAAAUCAUGGAUUGCCAGAAAAUGUUAUUGAGAACACGUUUGCAAUUUCGAAGACCUUCUUUGAGAAACCAGUGGAGAUAAAACAGAAGUAUGAAAGGCCAGCAGACGACAAUCACGGAUGGGUGGCCCUAGAGAGAGAAAAUUUGAAUCCAGAGAGACCGGUGGCUGAUUUGAAAGAGGCGUACAAUAUGACGUUGAUGGAUGACCAAGGAACCAUGCCUUUGGAUAUACUCCCAGACUUCUACAAAGUGUUCAAAGAAAUGUUUUCAUUAUCACAAGAACUGGGGAGUCGAGUCCUGGAUUUAAUGUCCAUUGGUCUGGACAUAGACCAAACUUACUUAAGGCAGUGCCAUCAGAGGAUGGGAAACAGUGGAAACGCCACAACUUUACGAUCCUUGUACUAUCCGCCAAUUACUAAAGGUGUUAAACCGGGACAGGUGCGUUGUGGGGAACAUUCAGACUACGGGUCCAUCACACUGCUUUUCCAGGAUGAUAUCGGAGGCUUAGAGGUAAAACCAACGGGGUUUGAUUACGUCCCAGCUUCCCCAAUACAUGGUACAGUGUUAGUCAAUCUAGGGGACCUGAUGCAGCGAUGGACGGCAGACAAACUUAUUGCAACUAAACACCGAGUCCUCAUUCCUGAGAAGGAAGUCACGCAAAAGAAGGGGAGGCAAUCCUUGGCAUUUUUUGUUCAACCUGACGAUGAUGUCAUGAUAAAGUGUUUGGACGGUUCCGGGAAAUACGAGGAAAUAUCCAGCAUUGAUUAUCUGAACAUGAGGUUUGCUGCGACCUAUUUACAACAAAAGACUUAAAGAGGAACCGAUUAACGUUUCCUGAUUCUUGUGCAAUACUCUAGUAUAUGUUCAGAUGAUACAUGUAAAAAGUUAU